GCGCUACGUUUUCCUGGCGUUGGACAAGCCUCAUCCGUUUACGUUUCCCGCUGAAACCCAAACAAGUAAACUGAAGCGGAAUCGUCCUCGAGCCAGGAGUAAACAAGAACAUGGAACAAGUUAGUGUUAACAGCGACGAAACAAAAAACGAGACCGAAGAGGUUUUAGAUACCAGCCAGAUGACUCUUGUGGCUUCCAAGUGGAUUCUAGACUUUCUAUUUGUCGGCAUUUGUCGUCGCUUUAAAGAGGGAACUUAUGAUGCCUUCAAUGACGCCUUCUCGACCUACGAGACCGUUUGUCAGACGCCGUUACUCAAAGGCGGAAGCUCGAAAGAGAAAACCCUCAUCGGCGCCUUCCUCGCCUGCGUCAUGCAAGGAAAAAACUUGGACCACCGUUUUGACGGCGAUGAGGCGAUGCCCCUGAUGUCCGCCGCCAGGUCUUGGUUUCACCUCAAAGAUGCCGUGGAGGAUGAAAGCUUGUUUGACAACAUCAGACUUCACUUGGUCGUACAGUCUGUGGCCGUGUGCUUGGAGAAAGGCCAAAGAGCGCAGGCGUCCAAAGCCGUCAAGUGGUUCGAAGAGCAUUUCGAAUACCCGCAGAAACUUGUCGCCAAGCUCUCGAUGAUCGCGGAGGAGAUGGACACCUACCACCAGUUGUUCACGGUCUUCAGUUUCACCCGACUGCUGGAGGUGGUGCACGCCUUCUUGGACGCCUACCUGGCCAAGAAUCCGUCGGACUUCCUUCUCAAUGAAGCCGUCAAGGCGGCGCACUGGCCGCAGAGCAUCGACCCCACGAAGGAAGAGGACAAGGUCCAUCGCGCAGCACUGCAGACAGAAACGAAACCAAAUUGCGAACUCAUCAUGAACAAGAAGCUGUGCGUCUCCCUCCGAAGGCAAUCCCUAAACGAAUUGUUGUCUUCGCGCGCGUCGAGCUCUGCGAACGGGGAAGAGGCGGUUCUCUCCCGGGGGGGCGGCGAUUCGCAAAAGGAUGACGCCCGACCAGAAUGUAAACUUCACGCCGUAAAACGAAGCCACGUAUCUGGCCGGAGACUAUUUUCCAACAAGCCGUCACAGUUGGACGCUUCGCCAGACGUCGACGGCGUCCGCCAAGCAAAGACGGCUCUUUGGAACGUCCGCUGUUUCAACAUGGCCGACAAAUCGGGCGAGAUCACUGCAGUCAGGGCAAAACGCAAACUCUGGAGUCCUCAAACAAAUGUGCGGGAGCCGAGCACUGAGAUGACGCCUCCGAUGUGCAUCAGACAGCGCCGAGCGAGAGCUGCGGAGGAUUCCGUUAUCGGUGGGAACAAGAUUCGUCGGAAAUGGUCGUCCGAGCUGGACACGAAACUGGCGCAGGGCGUCCGGCGUCACGGCAAAGGCAAGUGGUGUCAAAUCCUGAAAGAUUCCGACUUUGAGGGCCGCACCGGGAGUAUGCUCAAGGACCGCUGGAGGAUUCUGGAGAGGAGCAAUAAAGCGGACUGUUAACAGCACCCAACCGCCACCUU